AUGAUCGGGUUCUCUCAAUUCUGGCCCAAAGGUGGCAUGCCAGGGAUUCUACACCAUUAUACGGAGACUCUAGUCACUUUUGAAUAUGCAUCCCCCAAUGCCCAUCAACCCCAUAGUAUUCUCUUCAUUGGCGGACUGAGCGACGGCCUUGCCACGACUUCAUAUACACAUGACAUAAUAAAGACGCUGGAGACAACAGAAUGGUCCUUUUUCACACUUAACCUUUCAUCAUCAUACUCGGCCUGGGGUCUGGGCCAUCUCGACCGGGAUACCGACGAGAUUGCCCACUGCAUACGCUACAUCAAGAGCUACAAGGCUGCCAAGUAUGGCAGUGGUACCACCCAUGCCGACGCCAAGGUGGUGCUGAUGGGUCACUCGAGCGGCAGCCAAGACGUGCUGCAUUAUCUGUACAGGCCGAACCCGCAUCGGAAUCGGCCCGUGUUCGAUCCCGAGCUGGUGCAUUUGGAGCGGCCGGUAAUAGAUGGUGCCAUCCUUCAAGCUCCCGUCUCGGACCGGGAUGCGUUUGCCUGGGUCCUACAUGAGGGUUUCCUGGGUAGAUCGCCCGAGGAGCUUCGCCAGACCUAUGAUACAUUGGUGUCCAUGGCGAGGGAAAUUGUUGCGCAGAAUGAUAGGUAUGAUGUUGUGCUUCCGAUUGAGCUGUGCAGUCAAUUCAGCUUUGUGUCACCAGUGAGCGCCCGGCGAUUCUUGAGCCUGGCGAGCCCCGAUAGCCCUGGGUCGCCAAGCGAGGAGGACUUGUUCAGCGCCGACCUGAGCGAUGAGGAGUAUGCAAAGACAUUUGGCAAAAUUCAGGAACGGGGGCUGUUACGGGGGCGAUUGAUGGUUGCCCCCGGAGGCAAAGAUCAGACAGUGCCAGAUUGGGUCGACAAGGACGCCCUGCUGGCAAAAUGGAGGAGAAUUACGGACCACGACGAGAAAUAUCAGGUCUGGGACCAGGAAAACAGUGGUAUUGUGCCGGGCGCAUCUCAUGCACUAAGUGAUGACGACCAGGCUGAGCCGCGAAGGUUCCUCGCCGACAGAGUCUUGAACUUCUUACAGUCGGCUGCGGGAAGGUCGGAUCGUUCCUGUUAG